AUGGCUGAGAAGGACUUGUACGCCGUCGGCGUCGGCGAGAGUGAAUCGCACACCCACGAGGCCCGUGACAUCAAGGAUGUCGUCGACGCGAAGGGUGUGGCAGUCGGCGAGGCUGCUGACAUCUACGGCGAUGUUCAGACCGCUGAGGAAUACGGAUAUGUCCACAGAGGUCUGAAGUCUCGUCACAUUCAGUUCAUCGCCCUCGGUGGUACCAUCGGUACUGGUCUCUUCCUCGGUAUUGGCAAGGCUUUCGCUACGUCCGGUCCCCUUUCGGUCCUGCUUGGCUACUCGUUCACCGGUCUCGCUGUCUUCGGUAUGAUGAACUGUCUGGGUGAAAUGACCACUUGGCUGCCCCUGCCCGGUGCGAUCCCGCAAUACUGCGCGCGCUACGUCGACCCGGCCCUCGGAUUUGCCGUCGGAUGGAACAGCUGGUAUCAGGCCGCUAUCACACUAUGCGCUGAAAUCUCCGCGGCUGCCGUGGUUAUUGGGUAUUGGAAUGAUGAGAUCAGUCAGGGUGCGUGGAUCACCAUCAUCAUCGUGUUGGUGAUCUGUCUCAACAUCUUCGCCGUCGCCAUCUACGGAGAAGCAGAGUUCAUAUUCGCAUCGAUCAAGAUCAUCACGAUUGUCGGCCUCAUCAUCAUGGCUCUGUGCCUGGAUCUUGGUGGUGGCAACAAGCAGGGCCGUCUUGGAUUCCGCUACUGGAAGGAUCCUGGUGCGAUGAAGGAGUACAUCGGCACUGGCGACACCGGUCGCUUCCUUGGUCUCUUCGCCACCCUGGUCAACGCUGCCUUCUCGUACGGAGGUGUGGAGAUGGUUGCCGUCGCUGCGGGUGAGGCCGACGACCCACGCCGCAACAUCCCCAAGGCCGUUCGCCGUGUCUUCUGGCGUAUCCUCUUCUUCUACGUCCUCGGCUCGCUCGCCAUCGGCGUCCUUGUGCCCUCCGACGACGAGCACCUCCUUUCGGACGGACCCGGCGCCGCACGCUCGCCGUGGGUCAUCGCCAUCAACCGCGCGGGCGUGCCGGUGCUGCCGCACAUCAUCAACGCCGUGAUCCUGACGUCUGCGUCGUCGUCGGCCAACGCCUUCCUGUUCACGGGCUCGCGCUACCUGUUCGGCAUCGCGCAGAACCACCAGGCGCCCAAGUUCCUGCUCAAGUGCUCGCGCACGGGCGUGCCGUACUACUGCGUGGCCAUCACGGCGGCUGUGUCGCUCCUGACGUACAUGUCGCUGUCGUCGGGCGCCAACGAGGUCUUCUCGUGGAUGAUGAACUUGACGACCGUCGCCCAGCUCUUCACCUGGUGCAGCAUCCUCAUCGCCUACAUCCGCUUCCGCCACGCCCUCGACGCCCAGGGUAUCUCCCACGACCAGCUGCCCUUCCGCUCCCGCGGCCAGCCCUACGUCGCCUACGCCACCCUCGCCUACUUCGCCAUCAUCAUCCUGUUCAACGGCUUCGCCGUCUUCACCAAGGGCAACUGGAGUAUCGACGACUUCAUCACCGCCUACAUCGGCAUCCCAAUUUACUUUGGCUUGUAUCUGUUCUGGAAGGUUUUCAAGCGCGAGCCCUUCGUCAAGGCGGCCGAGGCCGACCUUUGGAGCGGCAAGGCGGCCCUGGAUGCCCAGAUUUGGCCCGAACGCCUGCCGAGGAAUGUCUGGGAGAAGAUUUGGUUCUGGAUUGCGUAA